AACAAACACCCACUAUACACUAUUCCUCUCCUUCCUUUCUUCUUCAAUUCAUUUCAAUUCCCCAGAAAAUAAAUAUGGUGGCCGUGCCGGUCCAUUCCUCCGACAAGUUGCCGCCGGCCGUUCUGCCGGUGGUGUCCCGAGAUGCGGCGGAGAGAAAGAGCAGCCCCGCCGCCGCCGCCAUGUCCAAAAAGGGUGUCUGUGUUGCCAUCUCUUACAUGGCUUGCGCUGUACUCUUGGUCAUGUUCAACAAAGCAGCACUUUCAUCAUACAACUUUCCAUGUGCAAAUGUGAUCACACUUUUUCAGAUGCUGUCUUCAACUGCAUUACUGUAUGCCCUGAGACGCUGGAAGAUAAUCUCUUUCACAGUUCAAGCAUCACAGACAGCACUGACCAACACACCUUUGAUUGUACCAUUCAAGACCCUUGUUCACACUCUACCAGUUGCAUUUUCAUAUUUGGUUUACAUGCUGGUUUCUAUGGAAUCCAUUCGAGGAAUCAGCAUUCCCAUGUACACCACUCUCAGAAGGACGACUGUCGCGUUCACAAUGGUGGCAGAGUACAUAAUUGUUGGCAGAAAACAUACUUCUCAUAUUGUUGCCUGUGUAGGGAUAAUCAUACUCGGGGCCUUCAUUGCUGGAUCUCGAGACCUCUCGUUCGAUUUCUAUAGCUAUGCUAUCGUUUUCACAUCGAACAUCACAACAGCAAUCUAUCUCGCUUGUAUAGCCCGCGUUGGAGAAUCCAGUGGGCUUAACAGCUUUGGUCUAAUGUGGUGCAAUGGGAUAAUAUGUGCACCAGUCUUGCUAAUUUGGACAGCUUUUGAAGGAGAUUUGGGGGUGACAUUAGAGUUUCCAUAUUUCUACACUUCUGGGUUUCAGGCUUUGAUGGUUUUAUCAUGUGCCAUGGCUUUCCUCCUAAACUAUUGUGUGUAUCUGAAUACAACUCUCAAUUCUGCUCUUACACAGACAAUCUGUGGAAACCUAAAGGACUUCUUUACAAUUGGAUUUGGGUGGCUGGUUUUUGGAGGGCUGCCCUUUGAUCUGUUGAACGUGGUGGGGCAAUGUAUGGGGUUUAUGGGGUCUGGUCUCUAUGCCUACUGCAAGCUCAAAGGGAAAUAGAUUCUUGGCAGGCAGGGCUGCUCAGCUGUUCAUCAUCAUUUCUGUCUGAUCGAGGCAAUAAUCUUAAAGAAAUUGCAAACUUUUUUCCCCUUCCUGAGGUUCCAUAACUCAUUAGCCUAAUUCUGUUUUUUUUUUUUUUUUUAAUAUUUGCAUUUUUUGUUGGAUGAUGCUUCUUGUAAGCCUUGAGAAAUUUUAUAAAUUAAUACAAAGAGUUAAGUU